UUAUUGCAUACAUUUCCUCUGCUUUUGUUUGUUUAUCUUGUCUUGUCCCCGCGGGAUCUGACUUUCCCCAUUUCUUCGAUCCUGGAAAACCCUAGUUCUCAGUCGAAUUCGCCCCUUUUUUCUGGUUGUUGCUUCUCUCUCUCCGUUCGUCACAGCUUGGAUCCUCGGAAGCGUGCGGAAUUUUGUCCGUUGGGUUCUAAGUUUUGAGGAAACCUGAUGGACAAUAAUAAUUGGAGGCCUACUCUUCCAGGCGGAGAACCUGCCAUUGAUGCAGGCGAUUGGAGAGCUCAGUUACCCCCUGAUUCACGACAAAAGAUCGUCAACAAAAUAAUGGAGACACUGAAAAAGCACCUUCCAUUCUCUGGGCCGGAGGGAAUUAAUGAGCUCAGGAGAAUUGCUGCUAGAUUCGAGGAAAAAAUUUUCUCUGGCGCUAUUAAUCAGACUGAUUACCUUCGCAAAAUAUCCAUGAAGAUGCUGACAAUGGAGACUAAGACUCAAAAUAGUGCUGCUGGUUCGACGACGACAUCCAUCUCUGCCGCUAAUAAUAACACUCCCUUGGAUUCUGGAUCCACAAGCAUGCCAUCUCAAGUUCAAAACCAAGGGCAAUCUCUUCCGGCAUCAUUACCAACAAAUCAGUCUCAAACAUCACAACAGCUGUUGUCCCAGAACAUGCAGACUAACUUAGCCUCUGGAAUUCCGGGUUCUGCUACUCUUCCGUCUUCUAUGCCUAAGGUCUCUUCCAUAUCCAAUAAUAAUACGGGGGUCUUAGGCCAGAUUUCCAAUGUGCAAAAUGUAUCCGGAAUGCUACAAGAUUCAUCAGGGACUUCAAUGGGGCAGGGCCUUGCAUCGAACAUGCUUUCAGGGUCACAGAGGCAGAUGGCAGGGAGGCCACAUGGUAUGACUUCUCAGCAGCCGCAGCCACAGAAUGCACAAUAUCUUUAUCAGCAGCAGCUACAACAACAACUUCUUAAGCAGAACUUUCAGCAGGGGAAUGUACCCAAUUCGCUUAUGCAAUCUCACAUGCAGCAGCCGCAGCAAAAUGUGUUACAACCUAAUCAAUUGCAUACAUCUCAGCAGCCCGGUAUUCCAACAUCUGUUAUGCAGCCUUCCUCGGUGAACUCAGCUCCUCUGUCGGGUCUCCACACAAAUCAACAGUUGUCUGGUCAUCAGCAGACACAGUCCAUGCUGCGGCAGCAUCAAUCAUCCUUGCUGAGGCCAAAUCAGCAAUCGCAACAAAUUUCUGGGAUUCAUCAACAGCAAAACCCAUUGCCACAGCAGUCGAUACCCACCCUACAGCAGCAGCAAGCACAACUGAUGCGGCAACAAGCUGCAAAUAGCUCAGGCGUCCAACAGAAUCAGAUGAUCGGGCAGCAAAACGUUGUUGGGGAUAUGCAUCAGCAACAACCACAUCAACAGAGGAUAAUGGGCCAACAAAAUAAUCUUAUGAACAUUCAGCAGCAGCAGCAGCAGCAGCAGCAGCAACAACAACAACCACAGGUGCAGCAGCAGCAGCCGCAGCCAGCACAACAGCAAUUGAUGUCUCAGCAAAACAGCCUUCAGGCAAUGCAUCAGCAACAAUUGGGUGCUCAAAAUAAUAUUUCGGGAUUGCAGCAACCGCAACAACAGUUACUCGGUUCCCAGGUUGGUAAUUCAAACCUGCAGUCUAAUCAGCAGUCAAUGCACAUGCUAUCACAAUCUAAGGUUGGACUACAGCAAAGGACACAUCAGGCUGGUACUGGCUUGUUACCUUCUCAAGGCCAGCAAUCACAAAAUCAGUCAUCACAGCAGCAGAUGAUGCCUCAGCAGCAAUCGCAUCAUCAGCAACUAGGUCUGCAACAACAACCUAAUCUAAUGCAACAUGAUGUGCAUCAAAGGCUUCAAGCUUCAGGCCAAGUGGCUGGGUCCAUGCUUCAGCCUCAGAAUGUAAUGGAUCAACAGAGACAAUUAUAUCAAUCACAAAGAACCCUUCCUGAGAUGCCAUCAACAUCAUUGGAUUCCACAGCACAAACAGGAAAUGCAAAUGGGGGUGAUUGGCAAGAGGAGGUAUAUCAGAAGAUCAAAUCCAUGAGAGAGUCAUUCUUACCGGAUCUGAAUGAAAUUUACCAGAGAGUUGCACUAAAGAUGCAGCAUCAUGAAUCUCUUCCGCAGCAGCAAAGGUCGGACCAGUUUGACAAACUGAAACAAUUCAAGAUAAUGUUGGAACGGAUGAUAAAUUUCUUAUCUGUUACAAAGCCCAAUAUCUUGCCUGCUUUGAAGGAUAAGGUGGGUUCAUACGAGAAGCAGAUUGUAAAUUUCUUGAAUGCGAACAAACCGAGGAGGCCACUGCAGCCAGGGCAGCAGCUUCCACAAUCUCAGAUGCAACAGCUUCAAUCUCAGACCGUUCAAGGUCAGUCUCAUGAUAAUCAAGCAAACCCUCAGAUGCAACCGAUGAACAUACAAGGUUCUGUGGCAAGAUCUCAACAGAGUGGCCUGUCGAAUUUGCAGCACAAUGCUCUAUCAUCUCUUCCUGGAGUUUCGGCUCCACAACAGAACAUGUCCAAUUCAAUACUGGCUCCUAGUAUAGAAGCAAGCCAAGGGAAUGCACUGAACAAUGGUCAGCAGGUUGGGGUGCAACAAAAUCCUCCUCAACAAGUGAAUAAUAGUUCGGCCUCUACACAGAGUGGGCUAAAUACAUUGCAGUCUAACGUUACUCUCGCCCAGUCAAAUCCCGGUAUGCUUCAGCAUCAGCACUUGAAGCAACAGCAGGAUCAACAGCAACUGAAACAACAGUUUCAACAACGUCAGAUGCAACAACAACUGAUGCAGAAGCAUCAGAUGCUUAAUCAUCAGCAGCAGCAACAGCAACAACAGCAACAGCAACAGCAACAACAGUUGCAAGCAAGACAGCAAAUGGCUCAACUACAGCAGAUGAACGAUGUGAAUGAUCUGACAAUGAGGCAGGGAAUGAAUGGCAGCCGUGGAAUGUUUCAACAACAUCCAUUACAAGGUCAACGUGGUUAUCCUCUUCAACGGUUAAAACCUGGAGGGCAACUUUCUGUUUCGUCGCCUCAACUCCCGCAAGGUGCAUCUCCACAGAUGGCACAACAUAUGUCUCCUCAGGACCAGAAAAAUCUUUCAGCUGCCAACAGGACAGGAACUCCUUUACAAUCUGCAAAUUCUCCAUUUGUUGUCCCAUCUCCUUCAACUCCCUUGGUGCCAUCCCCUAUGCCAGUUGAUUCUGAGAAACCCGUGACCGGUGCAUCUUCAUUGUCGAAUGCUGGAAAUAUUGCACGCCAACAAGCAACUGGAAUGCAAGGUGUAGCUCAAUCCCUUGCUAUCGGCACCCCCGGGAUAUCUGCCUCUCCUCUGCUUCAGGAGUUUACUAGUCCUGAUGGAGUCAAUGUAAAUCCUCUGACAAGUGCAUCUGGCAAGUCAAGUGCCACUGAACAGCCUAUCGAACGCCUGAUUAGAGCUAUGAAGUCUGUCUCAGCUCAGGCUCUUUCAGCAGCGGUCAGUGAUAUCGGGUCCGUAGUUAGCAUGGUGGAUCGGAUAGCUGGUUCAGCUCCUGGUAAUGGGUCGAGAGCUUCGGUUGGCGAGGACUUGGUCGCGAUGACAAAGUGUCGUCUUCAAGCAAGAAACUUCAUGACUCAAGAUGGGAUGAUGGGGACGAAGAAAAUGAAGCGUCACACCACGGCUGUGCCGUUAAGUGUUGCUUCAUCAGGAGGAGGAAGCAUUAGUGAUAACUUCAAGCAGUUUGGUGGCCCGGAGACUUCUGAUCUUGAAUCUACUGCUACUUCUUCCGGCAAGAGGCCAAGAACCGAGACCAAUCGUGCUCUGAUGGAAGAAAUCAAGAAAAUAAACCAGGGACUGAUUGAUACAGUGGUUGAGAUUAGUGAUGAAGAUGCGGAUCCGAGUGCAGUAGCCGCAACAACGGAAGGGGGUGAAGGAACCAUUGUCAGAUUCUCGUUCAUAGCCAUAUCUCUGAGCCCGUCGUUGAAAUCUCAUCUCUCUUCGACACAAAUGUCCCCGAUCCAACCGCUGCGUCUGUUGGUUCCCGCUGGCUACCCGAUGUCCUCUCCGGUUCUGUUGGAUAAACUCCCGGUUGAAACAAGCAAAGAGAAUGAAGAAGACCUGUCGACGAAAGCUAGGGCUAGGUUCAGCAUAUCGCUGAGGAGUUUGUCGCAACCGAUGACGCUGAAAGAUAUAGCAAAGACGUGGGACGGAUGUGCUCGAGCCGUUAUCUGCGAGUACGCUCAGCAGUUCGGAGGUGGUACCUUCAGCUCCAAGUACGGCACAUGGGAGAACUACGUCGCCGCUGCUUGAUUUUCUCUGUUCUCAAACCCCCCAUCUCCAUAUAUAUAUACAUAACAUAUAUGUAUGUAUGUAUGUGUUUACAUACAUGCCGCCGCCAUGGCCAUGAUCCCUUUAGAAAGCUCUCUCGUUUUCUCGCUGGAAUAAGAGAGGGGAAGAGAAGAGAACUUAAAACAAUCAUAAGUUGCUUGUUGCGGGGUGUCACCCUUAUUAUUAUUGCAAAUUCUAGUUAUUCAUAGUGUUUACUUUC